CAAAAUCAAAACAAGGAAGUGCCAGCCGAGACCCCCCAAAAAAUGAAUCGGUGAAGUUAAAAAGAUUUAAAAACUCGAUCGUGUUGUUUGAAUAUACUUUGGCGUUAUGGGGAAACGUUUUGCUCGUGCUUUUCUCCAUUUUGGCAACAUAGCAAGCGGUGCAAGCGAUUUAAAAUUAAGAAUAUGUAGAAUCUCGGUUUGAGUUCGGUUAGCCUGGAUGGGCGCUGGUUCGGAGGAGAUGGUUCGGAGCGUGUUUCGAUCCGGGUUGUGGGUCCGAGCCGCGCACACACUUUUGACCUGGUCCAUCACCCUGAUCUUGUUCUUACACGACACCGACCUGCGUCGCUGUGAGGAGCAAGGAGAGCUGCUGAUUCCAGUAGUGUUUUUCCUUCUUGUUGUUUUGUCCGUGCUUUUGUACUUUGCUGUUUCUUUGAUGGACCCUGGGUUUGUGCUCAAAGAUGCAGCUCAGGCCUUAUCCGAGGAAACAGAGCAGAUGGUUCCUGAUUCGUCUGUGCCUCGUGUCCGUCGCUGUGGCUACUGUUUUUUAUUGCAGCCGAUGAGAGCGCGUCACUGUGCCGCUUGCGGACACUGCGUGCGUCGCUUCGAUCACCACUGUCCCUGGAUCAGUAACUGUGUGGGAGAAAGAAACCACCGAGUCUUUGUGCUCUACCUCUCUGUGCAGCUGCUCACUCUGCUCUGGGCCACACACUUCGCUCUGUCUGGGUUCUCUCCUGUUGCAUCUUGGGAGCGCUGGUUCAAGGUUCACAUUUUCCUGUUGGGGGCGCUGUCGGUGGUAGGCAUUUUUUCGCUGGUGGUCCUCAUACUUUUGGGCUGCCACCUUUACCUGGCGUCUGUGAACUGCACCACGUGGGAGUUCAUGUCCCGCCACCGCGUCUCGUACCUGAAGAGCAUCUCCGACGAGCAGAACCCUUUCGAUCGCGGAGUUUUCUGUAACUUAUGGGCGUUUUUCUGCGUGUGCCGAGCGGAAAUAUGGGAGCAAGUUUAUGUCAAAAAUUCAACCCUCAGCUCGGUCUAAAGGCAACAAAAUGGACACAGAAGGCUGUGUGUGUGUUAUUCUAAGCAGAGUAGUAAUAUAUGCAUAGAACAAGAAGGUGAUGGACCUCGAACGAAAAAGUUACACAGUGUAACUUUAAUGCCAUAGUGUGUAACUUUUUAUUGCACUGAAAAAUAUAGAAUGAUCUGUGUUCUUACUCUUGGACUUACAUCUCUAAAAAACUGGCUUUUUCUUUGUCUGGAGAAGGGCCGCUUUCUUAACAUUUCCAUGGAAACAAGCAGAUUUUGAAACCAAUUUUGUAUUUCGUCUUAUUGGCUUUUCCAUAUUAAUAGUAUGGAAAAGUAACUCUCACCACUGUCUAAAGGCAAGAAAAUGGACACAAGAGGCUUUUUGUGUGUGACUUUUUUAAUUGCACUGAAAAUUAUAGAACAACCUGUGUCCUUACUCUUGGACAGCGCCAAAAAACUGGCUCUUAUUUAACCUGGAGGAGGCCUUCUUCUGCUUGUUUCCGUGGAAAUGUUGAAAAAACUCUUUUUGAUUCUGAUUUUUGAUACCACUUUUGUAUUUCUUCCUAUUUGCUUUUACAGAUUAGAAUACACUACGGGAACAGAUUUAUGUCAAAAAGCAACAGUCAACACUGUCUAAAGGCAACAAAAUGUACCAUAUUUUCUGAACUAUAGGGCACUCUGGAUUAUAAGGCGCACUGUCAUUAAAUGGUCUAUAGAGGCUUUGCACUGUCACGUGUCCCCAUGGCAACAGUAACUACACCGCCAUGACACAGGGCACACUAUGCCAUUGACUUCAGCAGCAUCGGAGAAACAUGGGCAGGUUUUGUUGUGUAUUUGGUUGUUCUAGAUGCUCUGAUAGGGAUAAAACGAUUCGUUUCUUCACUGUUCCUCUGGAAAUUACUCAUCAGGAGCUCAAACAAGGGAAUUACAGAAAAAAAAGACGGGAAUUAUGUUUAGAGAACAUAAACCACAAAGAGAUUUCCUAUGGUACCAUCAAGACACGCUCACGUCACUUUCAUCAAGGUAUUUACUAUUUAAAUUGUUUCAUAGCUUAUUUAAUAAGAGAAGCACAUUUACUGAACUAAAAUGUAAAAAGAAAACAUUUGCAGUGUGAGUGGCAGUAGAAACUGUAUUUUCCAACGCACAUAUAAACAUGUUACUCGUCAUAGGACCGAUGUUUUCUUUAUUGUCUUGCUUAUCCACAAUUUUGUCUUCUAGAAUUAAUCACUUUUUGCAAGUAGAUCUUUCUUACGUUCGCGAGGAUCUUUUCAUGGCCGAUUCUUUUGAGGUUCGGCUCACAGAAUUUUCGACUCGUGCGCCAUGUUGAUCAUAGGAGCCCAAUGUGGGUUCGUUCAAUCAUAAAAUAGUGCAGGUUUUCCUGGAUACAUUUAUAAAAUUUUUGUUCAGUAAAUGUGCUUCUCUCAUUAAAUAAGCUAUGAAACAAUUUAAAUAGCAAAUACCUUGAUGAAAUUUUGCGUGUCUUGAUGGUUCUCUUCGCGGUUUAUAUUCUCUAGCCAUAAUCCGUGUCUUUUUUUCAAUAAUGAUGAGUAAUUUCCAGAGGAACAGUGAAGGACCGAAUCGUUUUAUCCCUAUCAGAGCGUAUAGAACAGGGGUGUCAAACUCAUUUUGGUCCGGGGGCCGUAUCCAAACUACUUUGAUCCCAAAGGGACCGGAUCAGAAAACUCAUGGCAUAUAAACCCCAAAAAUAACAAUAAGUUCAAAUAUUUGUGCAGAGAAACACAAAUCUAUUACAGAAAUCUUUUUUUAAUUGAUGAACUCUUUCUUUUACAAAAUAUUAUAAUAUUAUGAACAACCUGAAACUUUAAGAAAAAUGUAAUUUCAACACAGUGUUUUAACAUUAAAUUGUAUGUAAAUAAGAAUAAGUAUUUUUUUUUUUUGAAAAUCCUGCACUCAGCUCCACUUUCCUCAUUUUUGACAUUUUGUUGAUGAGGGUGUCACGAUCAACAGUCAAAACGAUCGUCCUUUAAGAGCGUUUGGAAAGAGACAAGUCUUCAUUUGUGCUGCUCUGGUGGGAGGGGCCACGUACAGAGACACUGGAGACACUGAUAUGAUAAGCACCGCAGAAAAUACAAUAUUUUAAAAGAAAAUAUAAUUAAAAUAUUUUAGUAGAAAAUCAGCAGAGGGCCACAUUAAAGGUCUUGGAGGGCCGGAUCCGGCCCCCGGGUCUUAUGUUUGACACCUGUGGUCUAGAACAACCAAAUACACAACAAAACCUUCCCAUGUUUCUUUGAUGCUACUGAAGUCAAUGACAUAGUGUGCCCAGUGUCAUGGCAGCAUAGGUACUGUUGCCAUGGGGGACACGUGAUGGUGCAAAGCCUCUAUUUUCAAACUUUUUUCACAAAUAAACCGCGUGGGACUUUAAAGGAAACACAACAGUUUGAUGGGUAAGUGGUUUUCUUUGUUUGUGGCGUUCACGGUGACUCUGGGCUUUGUUCAGUUGUGGCGUGUAGGGAGGGUGCUGUCUGGGAUCAACGGAUUGUCGGCAUGUUCGCAGUGACUCAGUUGUUCAGUCGUGUCUAGAAGUGGCACAUUGCACUCGCUUUUUCAGUUUGUUCCUCCAUUCCGUUCCUCGUUGGCGUGGAGUGAUGAGUGUGUCUGUGGGUGUUUUUGGGUGUUUUUGGCUGCGCGGUCGCUGUCUGGUCCAUGUGUGUUUGUGUGCGACACCUGAGUGGAUUCGUGUAUAGGGCGCUCUGGAUUGUGGGGCGCACAGUCGUUUUUUAAUGGGGUUAGAGGCUUAAGAGGGCGCCUUAUAGUGCAGAAAAUAUGGUACAGAUGAAUGGAUUACCAUUUGGUUAGUGGGUGUACCCUUAACCCUCUACUCUGCCACUGGGGGUCUUCAACUGAAAAACUAUCAUUUUGUGGAGAUUUUGAUACUAAUUUUGUAUUUCGUCUUGGCUCUUACAGAUUAGAAUGCGGUCUGAAGUAUGGGAAUAAAUUUAUGUCAAAAAUAACUGUCAAUGCUCUCGAAAGGCAACAAAA